GACCUCAUCUGUACCGACUGAGCCUGGACGAGAGGAACUUUCCGCAGGACUCCAGACAAACAGCCCCACGCCACCACCGUCUGCUAGCUUGAGCCGCAGGCGAGCGCUGGCGGGGCAGGUACGCGGUGCGCACCGGCGUCAGGGCCUGGGCUGCGGCGGCGGCGGCGGCGGCGGCGGCGGGAGGGUCCUGGGAGCUGCCGGAGUCGGUGCCAGCGAGCGCGCGCCGGCCGGCCUGGGCCAGCCGCAUCCCCCGGCCGCCGCUGGCAGCCUCCUCGCUCCCCGAGAGCCGCCGCCUCCCCUCCCGGCCGCCUCUGGCGCCCUCGGGCAGCCGGGCUCGGCGCUCGCGGCAGGACCUGCCCGCCGCCGGCCCCAGUCCGGAACAUGGCUGCGCGCCCCGCCGCCACCCUCGCCUGGUCGCUGCUGCUCCUGUCCUUGACCCUGCUCCGCGGCGGCUGCCGAGCGCGGUUUGCCGCCGAGCCGGACCCGGCGGAUGAUGAAGAAGAGGCGCUGGUUUUCCCAGAGUCGCCCCUGCAGAAACCCACGGUGCUCGUGGCCAUCCUCGCCCGCAACGCUGCGCACACGCUGCCUCACUUCCUCGGCUGCCUGGAGCGGCUGGAUUACCCCAAGAGCAGGAUGGCCAUAUGGGCAGCCACUGAUCACAAUGUGGAUAAUACGACUGAAAUACUCAGGGAGUGGUUGAAAAACGUCCAGAGACUCUAUCACUACGUGGAGUGGCGGCCCAUGGAUAACCCGGAGUCUUAUCCUGAUGAAAUUGGACCAAAACACUGGCCAAGCUCCCGGUUUGCUCAUGUCAUGAAAUUGCGACAGGCAGCUCUUCGAACUGCGAGGGAAAAAUGGUCAGACUACAUUCUGUUCAUAGAUGUCGACAAUUUCCUGACAAACCCACAGACCCUCAGCCUACUGAUGGCAGAAAACAAAACCAUCGUGGCCCCCAUGCUGGAAUCCCGGGGCCUGUACUCCAACUUCUGGUGUGGAAUCACACCUCAGGGCUUCUAUAAGCGCACUCCAGACUACCUUCAGAUUAGAGAGUGGAAGAGGACGGGCUGCUUCCCUGUCCCCAUGGUGCACUCCACCUUCCUCAUCAACCUCAGGAAGGAGGCCUCUGACAAGCUGACCUUCUACCCGCCGCACCAGGACUACACCUGGACCUUUGACGACAUCAUCGUCUUUGCCUUCUCCUGCCGGCAAGCAGGCAUCCAGAUGUACCUCUGCAACAGAGAGCACUAUGGCUACCUGCCCAUCCCCUUGAAGCCCCACCAGACCCUGCAGGAGGACAUCGAGAACCUCAUUCACGUGCAGAUAGAAGCGAUGAUUGACCGGCCUCCCAUGGAACCCUCCCAGUUUGUGUCAGUUGUCCCUAAAUAUCCAGACAAGAUGGGAUUUGAUGAGAUUUUCAUGAUCAACCUCAAACGCAGAAAGGACAGGCGGGACCGGAUGCUGCGCACGCUCUAUGAACAGGAGAUCGCGGUCAAGAUUGUUGAAGCAGUGGAUGGGAAGGCUCUCAACACAAGCCAGCUGAAGGCCUUGAAUAUUGAAAUGCUGCCAGGUUAUCGAGACCCCUACUCCUCCAGGCCUUUGACCAGGGGUGAGAUCGGCUGCUUUCUUAGUCACUACUCUGUCUGGAAAGAGGUAAUUGAUCGGGAACUGGAGAAGACUCUCGUUAUCGAGGAUGAUGUGCGCUUUGAGCAUCAGUUUAAGACGAAGCUGAUGAAGCUGAUGGAUGACAUUGACCAGGCUCAACUGGACUGGGAACUGAUUUACAUUGGUAGGAAGAGAAUGCAAGUAAAAGAGCCAGAGAAAGCGGUGCCCAACGUGGGGAAUCUGGUCGAAGCUGACUAUUCCUACUGGACUCUGGGUUAUGUCAUCUCUUUGGAAGGAGCACAGAAGCUGGUUGGAGCUAAUCCUUUUGGGAAGAUGCUGCCAGUGGAUGAAUUUCUGCCAAUCAUGUACAACAAGCAUCCUGUAGCUGAGUACAAGGAGUACUAUGAGUCCAGGGACUUGAAAGCCUUCUCUGCAGAGCCCUUGCUGAUCUACCCCACGCAUUACACAGGCCAGCCGGGGUACCUGAGUGACACAGAGACCUCCACCAUCUGGGACAAUGAGACAGUGGCCACCGACUGGGACAGGACACAUUCCUGGAAGUCCCGCAAGCAGGGUUGUAUCCACAGCAAUGCCAAGAACACAGAGGCUCUGCCAUCACCAACUUCUGUGGACACUGUGCCUUCGAGGGAUGAGCUAUGAGGGCGUCCAGGGAGCACGACCCACGCUGUCCGUCACUGUUCCGUUUCUCUAGAGUGCUGUCCAUCUGUUUGCUCCAAUUUAUUUUUUAUUUUUAUUUUUUUUACUGAUCACAGUUCAUCUAAUCAAAGUGAUCUCAUGUGAUUGAUCAAAAUGAAGAUAUUUCUGAAAGUGGAGAGGAAUAGGGAAAUUAAACACAAAUUCCCAUAAGAUAGGUCUUAUGGGGACUGCUAAGUUACACUUCAGUCCAGACACCCAGUUCUGUCAACAGUCCACAACAAGGAGACCACAGGGGUGGCUCAGAGUCCUGUCCGAGGGAUAGUACCACCAAGUCAUCACAUCGUGAAAUGGGUAGUCAGGACAGCCCAGCCAGCUAGGCCACAUUCACUGGUCUGGACAGUCCAUUUUAUGCAAAAAUGUGAUUGAAAACUCGUGUACAUAACAAGAGUUUUUUUUUCCUUUGAGUGAGGGAAUCAAACCAUUUAAAAUCACAUUAAUUAGGCUUUUAUUUAAAGAAAUUCUGUCAUGAGCUUUAUUACAAAGUGAAUUUUAAAAAUUAGUCUCCUCAUUAUCCAAUAAGGAUGGAUAAUUGGGUCUGGCUGAGACAUGGCCCUCGACCAUCAUGGCGACUGGAAUAAAGGGGUGUCCAGUUUGCCAUGUGGAUGUUAUUUGGUAGAUAUUUGAGGAAGGAAAACCUCAACCUUUGGCCUUUGUUAUUGUGGCCGCUUAGGUCCAGAAGCUGUAUUUAUAAAGAUAAAUGUAAUAUAUGUGGGGUGAGCUGGGGUAUUCCUGCCCUGUCCCGGGGUCCACGUGCCGCUGUAGCACCUUACACCCUCUGUUCCACCCCUCAGCUUGGGAAUGAGCUGCUGGUGGUGAGCUUUAUGAGUGAUUGUUGAGGGACACAGCACAUUUUCAGGCCAGCAACUGUCCUUGCCUGGAUUUUUCAUUAUAUUUUGAAUUAUUUAUUUUACAAAAUGUGGGGAAAACAUUGACUGUAGGAUGAGGCAGAGAAACAGAUGUUGCAAGCUUUCAUUGCACCCCUGGGAGUGGCCAGCGUAGACACAUUGGCUUGACCAUCUGAGUUCCCUGAACUUCCCAGCCUGUCUCUUGCAGGGAGGCCUGUGGCUGGGGUAUUCCAACCAUUUAGAAGUAAAUUAUUCUCCCUUUUGAGAGAGACUUUGGUUAGAAACAAUGAACUCGACAGCAGAUUUAGGCCAACAACCAGGGAAGCACUCAGAGCCCAAAUUCUAGGCAGACCACGUUUCUCAAAAUGUUCCCUGAAACUUCAUUCUGCUGCCUUCGGACUGAUUUUAUGUGACAUGUAAAGCUGGACUCAAGACCAUCCAACUGCACCAUCUGUCAUCCUAGGACACCAAGGACAUCCUCCACCGUCACCUUCCUUCCUCACUCUUGAUAUUGUUCUCCACUGACUAAUAAGCCAGGGAUCUGAGAAGAGGUGUCUUGUCCCACUCUAGUUUUUACUGCUGGGACAGCUGUCAGGACUUGACUAUUCUAGGAAAACAGGAAGAACAUCCGGGGAGCUAGUGCAAACUCCUUAGGCGAUUCCUAAGGCUUCCGCGUACUUGGUAUUUUGUCUGCAUAGAUGAGUGUGUGAAAGUGUGCCUGACUUUAAUGACUUUCUCUGCUGGGGUGGGCGGUGGCUGGGAACUGGGAGUGAAGAAAUUGACUUCUGUGCUGUUUUGUUUAAUAGGGAACAUGUUCCCCCCGUCAGCUGGUCUGAUGGGUUUAAGAAUUCUCAUUUUUCAAAGAUGCUCGACUUAAAUUUUAGAAUUUUCGUCUAGGACUGUUGUACUGUGAAUAAAGUUCUGGCCCUGUAAGCCCAGCCUCUGCCUCUCCCUGCUCAGCUCUGGAUCCCAAGCAACCGUCUCUUCUUGUGAACAGUGUAAACUGCAGAUCUAGCAUUUUGGGGGGACAGUCCUCUCCUCAGCAAUCCAGAGGUACUUUGACCUCAUUGUGUGUUCUGCCUCCCUUCGAGUCAUUAACCAAGGCAUCUGCCCUGGGCGUUCACUGGAGGCCUUCAGUAGAGGCCUUUGCCUCUGCCCCUGGCACCUGCUUUCUACCUCUGGAGUUGAGAUAAAGCCUGUCUGGAUUCCUCGUGGGAUGCAAGGCCGGGUCUUCUGGAUAGACAAGUCCCACUUGAGCAGUGUUGCUGCUGCUCUCUGUGGUCUGAGCACCUUCAAUUUGCAGAGGACCCACUGCAUGACUUGCUUUAGGGUCACCUGUGUCUGCUGCAGGGACCCCAGAGAAGAGAAAGAGCUGACAUCCCAGCACCCUGCUUUUGUCUGUCUUGCUGUGCUAUUUCGGGUGGGGGAGUGACCAACUAUUUGCCUUCUGGAGCUCUUUGUGAAAAAUUAAAAAAUA